AUGAUUCUUUGUUACUCCGACCGCGACCCUGAUUACACCCCAGCUCUUCUCGAGAUCGCGAAAGCCAUCCUGGGCACAGGAAGGUUUGACUUUUCCGCCCUCGACCGACCGAAAAGGCGGGCGUUGCUCUUGGGAUGCGCUGGGCUCAGGUUAGAAGACCCAACCUUGGCGAGCGACCUGUUCCAGCGCGGCUUCCACCCUUUCCUCACCGACGUCUUCGACGUGGACGACAUCCUUGUGCCGCAGCUGCUCGCCGCGAUAGAUGGCAGCCUUGCCCAGGAGUACCUCCAAGAGGCAGAGACCAGGGAGGUGAUUGGGUAUGUGCGCGCGGACGAGACGGCAAGGCGCUUCAUCGAGCUCAGGCACGGCGCCCUGGCCGUGGCGCUUUAUAAAGCGACUGUCCAGGUCCAAGAAGGUCAGCCAAAUAGCGGCUUAAACAGGCAGGACCCGUUGAGGCUGAAGGACUCACCGGUGAUUCGUGGUGUCGCCCGGAGCGGCUAA